AUGAUGAGGAUCAGCGCGGUGGAGAACUGUGAAGGUCCGUUCGGGUUCUCCAGGUCUCCGUUUUUGGUCAUUGGUUAUCCCUGCGGCCAGCACAAUGGUUCCGACCUUGUCUCUGAUGAGAUUGAGUUCCGUGAGAAUUCUGGCCAAAACCGGGAACGCAGUGAUACACAUGGCCACUGCGAUAAACACCAUAUAGGUGGUGAACUCGAUUGGUUGCAACGUGUCGUCGUUUUUGCGAUACUCGUUCCACAGUCCAACAGAAACAGCACAUCCCAACGCAAACGGAACGGCCAUGUUGAAAAUACCAACAGUAAGAGCGAUCUUGAGAUGUUUCCUGAUAAACGUGGUGUCCACCUCGCAACCAACCAUGAACAGCAGCAGAUAAACACCAAUGUUGGCGAUAUCCGUCAAUCCAGGAAUCGAAGCGGUCGGAAACACCUUGUUGGUGAAGUUUGGAAUGUGGCCCAUCACCGAAGGGCCCAGCAAAAUACCAGUGAUAACCUCUCCUAUAACUCGUGGUUGUCUAAUGACAGACAAGGGGAAGUUGACAAUUUGCGCAAAGGUUAA